AUGGCCGGCCUUCCUUCACUGAAUAUCAUCACCGGCCCUUUGCUCGUCGGGACGUGGGUCAGUUCGCUUCUCUACAGCGCCGAGGUUGGCCAGGUCAUCAAGUACUUCCGCACGUUUCCGGACGACGACUGGCAGCUCAAGUCGUUCGUAUUGCUUUGCUGGCUUGUGGACACCGUCGCCGCUGUGGAGGGCUAUGCCGCGGUCUAUUUGUACACGAUCACCCAUGCGAGCGAUGCAGCCUACCUCAGCAGGCAAAACUGGACAUUCCCGCUCCUCAGCGUCACCACGGGCGUCGUGGCUGCACUGGUACAGUGCUUCUUGGUCGUCCGAUAUCUGCGCUUCUCACGAAACUUCUUAUUUUCGCUGUUCCUUUUCCUCGUUAUCGGACUGGCCCUCACCGCGUCAAUCAUUGCCUCUGUAGUAGUCAGCCGCUAUCCACUCUACACCGACCGCGGACGGCUCGAACGCCCCGCCACGCUGUGGAUCGUCUCGCAGGCCGUCACCGACGUCAUCAUCGCGCUCGCGCUGCUUUGGGAGUUCCGCAAGGCGCGUAGCGUCUUUUGCGACACUCAAAGCGUGCUUAAUCGCCUGGCGCGCCAGACCAUCCAAACCGGUGGCGCGACUGCGACCGUAGCGACAGCCACGCUCGUCGCGUACCUCGUCAACAAGGAGAGCAACGGCAUUGUCCCUGGGGAUUGCAUAUUCCAUCGGGCGGGUCUUUCUAACCUCAACGCGCGGAAGCGGCUGGCUCCCGGCAUCAGCAGGAGCGACGAGGCCAUAACUGUGACGGCGCUGCACUUCCACAGCGAUGGCGCGCCCCUCAGCGAGCUUGUCCCCAAUGGAAUCAACGUCCACCACAAUGCAGGCGCGAAUAUUGACCCAGAGCACGGCACUCGCGGCAAGGCCACGCUGGCGCCGAACCGAGCACGGUCGAACGCCGCGGGGGAAGCGCGAACGGAAAGCGAUUCAGAUCGCGACGACUCAGUGAAGGGUGGGGUGUGGUUUACCAAGGCAUAA